AUGCCAGAUCAGAAGCUGCUCGAGCAUGAGUAUGUGCAGCUGUACCUGAGCCGCAUUCGUGACGAUGAGGUCAAGACUCGAGCGGAGUGGUCCUGCGGCGAGCCUAUGGCGUUGUUCUCGCGGGAGCGAGGAUCUUUCGUCAAGGCAGAUGAGAAGGGUAAGGGCUGGAAUAUUGGUUGA